AUGAUCAAAACAUUACGGAUUAACAACAUUAUUCCAGCGAAUAGGAAUCAUCCAUGGAUACAUUAUAAUGUAAUGGUUAAAAUUAUUCGAUCAAUUACGAAUGAAACUAAUCGAACGGUUCAUCAAACAUCAUCAAAUGGAUCCAAAACAUUUAAACAUAGCGACAAAGUUUCGGCAAUACCACAUCCAAUAUCAAAGUUAAGAUUAUUCAACUAUGCUAUAAAUGAAAAUGAAACUGAAUAUGAAAAACGAUUACGUGAACGUAGAAUACAGAUACAAAAUUUUAAUCAUGAAUAUUGGUCAAAAAUUAAUACCGAAUUCAAUCAGAAAAAGAAGAAUUAUAUUGAAAAUGAAUUAAAAAAUCGUCAUUCAGAAAUUGAUUACAAUUCUACACAAACACAUGAAGAAUUGGCACAAUUUUAUAAAAAAUUUCUUGAUGAUAAUCAUCAACGAUAUAUUGGUUAUAAUUCUCAAUGGUAUCGAAACAAUUUGAAUCUAUUAUGGCAUUCAUUCAUUGUAUCAAUCAUACGAUUAGGUCGCCGUUUCGGUAGAAAUAAACAUCAAAUGAAAUGAAAUGAAAGAUCAUCAAAAUGAUCAUUCACCAAAUUUUUUUUUCACUAUAGUCUCAACGUUAAUUUUUUUUUCAUAUAAUUAAAAUUUGUUAAUACUAAUACUAAUACUUUUUUUCAGAAACAUAUUCUUAUUUUAUUGCUUAUCACUUAUAAAUUACGAUGAUCAAUGUAUAAAUGUGUAUGUAAUCAUCAUUUCAAAUUAAAUUACACGAAUUGAAACAACGACGAAAAAAAAUUCUGUUUAUCGACACAACCGA